AUGAGAGUGAUUGACAGCUUUUUGGUAUUUUUGCUAACUUGCUCGCCUGCGGUACUCGAAGUCUGCGCCAGAAUACAGCCACCAGUUGUGGCCACAACAACCACAGCUGUGCCUGAUGAUGACACAACUGCGAUCAUGAGCACGACUACAGUGAUAGAUGAAACCACGACAACGACGCUUGGCGCGAAUGUAUCUCAAGGUGCAUCGAUGGGAGCUCCACGUUUC